UCGCCUCAAUCGCCUCAAUUACCGGCAACCCGUAAUGGGCCGAAAGUUUCCGAUAAAAUCGAUGGACUGGAAUCUCUGUGUAUAAAAGCCCUACCCGUUCAUUUGACGCUUCACGUUACCAACUUUUAACCUCUCCCCUCUGCUCAUUCCAUCUCCAUUCUUCGCUUCUCCAUUAAAACAAUCAACCAUGUCGUGCUACAGAGGAAAAUACGCCGAUGAGCUUAUAGCCAAUGCUGCAUACAUUGGUACCCCUGGAAAGGGAAUUCUUGCUGCUGAUGAGUCAACUGGCACAAUAGGCAAGCGUUUUUCUAGUAUCAACGUUGAAAAUGUUGAAUCAAACCGGAGAGCCCUACGUGAGCUGCUCUUCACAGCUCCUGGUGCUCUGCAAUACCUCAGUGGAGUUAUCCUGUUUGAGGAAACUCUUUACCAGAAGACUGCUUCUGGAAAGCCCUUUGUGGAAGUUCUGAAGGAAGGGGGAGUCCUUCCCGGGAUUAAGGUUGACAAGGGUGUGGUUGAACUCCCUGGGACCAAUGGUGAGACAACCACUCAGGGUCUUGAUGGACUAGCUGAGCGUUGCCAGAAGUACUAUGAGGCUGGUGCCAGGUUUGCAAAAUGGCGUGCCGUGCUGAAGAUUGGCCCAAAUGAGCCAUCCCAGCUUGCCAUCACCGAGAACGCCAAUGGCCUUGCUCGUUAUGCUAUUAUCUGCCAACAGAACGGUCUUGUGCCUAUUGUCGAGCCUGAGAUCCUUGUUGAUGGAAGCCAUGACAUAAAAAAAUGUGCUGAUGUUACAGAGCGUGUUCUUGCGGCUUGCUACAAAGCCCUCAAUGACAAUCAUGUUCUCCUUGAGGGUACCUUGUUGAAGCCAAACAUGGUUACACCUGGCUCUGACUCUGCUAAGGUUGCACCAGAGGUGAUUGCUGAGCACACCGUUCUUGCCUUGCAGCGCACCAUGCCAGCUGCUGUACCUGCCGUUGUGUUUUUGUCCGGUGGGCAGAGUGAGGAGGAGGCCACCGUUAACCUUAAUGCAAUGAACAAGCUCAACACUAAGAAGCCAUGGACCCUUUCAUUCUCGUUUGGUCGUGCACUCCAGGCUAGCACUCUCAAGAUCUGGGCAGGAAAAGAGGAAAAUGUUCAGAAGGCACAAUCUAAUCUCCUCGCAAGGUGCAAAGCAAAUUCUGAGGCAACACUUGGGACAUACAAAGGUACUGCGAACCUCAGCGAGGCAGCUUCAGAGAGCCUUCACGUGAAGGACUACAAGUACUAAAUCAUGGUAUUUUGUGUUUUUUUUGUCAGUUUUGUUAUGAGGAACUUCAUUUUGUGCUUUGCCCACUGAGUAGUGGUGUAUUACUUCAUUUAGGUUUUCUUAUCUAUCUGCCAAACCACCGUUUACUUCAUUUUGUGUAAUAAUGGCUUCGUCCUGCAAAAAUGACAUGACAUUUUGUGGAUUGAAUUUAUCCAUGUUUAUCACAGUAAUAUUUUUUUGGCCAAAGGAGUAUCUUUGUACAGCUGCAUUAUAUUGUGAUGCUCUAAGGAUGUGGUUCUGUUGGAACUCUGAGCAUUCUUCUUACUUGUCUGAUAACAAUUGUCAUCAGUG